AUCAAAAACGACAAACAACCGUGAGUACAGUCGGUCCGCGCGGACUCACGGACUUAAUUUCAGAUAUUAUUUUUGGAAAAAAUUCACAACUUUAUAUUAUUUUCUAUUAGUUUUAAAAAUUUCACAAUUGUUGAAAGAAGGCAUUAAUGGUGAUCAUGUAUGAGUUGGAUAUAUAAUAAAACAAUCAGUCCGAAGUAACGAGAAAAUCAAUCAGAAGUUUCAACCACUUUCGAUCCUUCAUCAUCUUUUAAGAGGCAUGGCAUCAUCGGAUAAUCCCGAGAUCCUUGACAGGGGUUUCAAGGACAAAGAUGAUAAAGAGGAAAAAAAUGACGGAGAAAAGGGUGGAUUCAUUGAUAAAGUGAAGGAUUUCAUUCAUGAUAUUGGUGAGAAGAUUGAAGAAACUAUAGGGUUCGGAAAACCCACUGCAGAUGUUACUGACAUUCACAUCCCUAAAAUCAAUCUUGAAAAGGCAGACAUUGUCGUUGAUGUCUUGGUGAAAAACCCGAACCCAGUGCCAAUCCCCCUUAUCGACAUUAAUUACUUGAUUGAGAGUGAUGGCAGGAAACUAAUAUCCGGGUUGAUCCCCGAUGCUGGUACCAUCCACGCCCACGGCUCUGAGACUGUCAAAAUUCCUCUGACUUUGAUAUAUGAUGACAUCAAAAGCACCUAUGCUGACAUCAAGCCCGGAAGUAUCAUUCCUUACAAGAUUAAGGUUGAUCUUAUAGUGGAUGUGCCUGUUUUUGGCAGGCUGACUCUACCUCUGGAGAAGAAUGGAGAGAUACCAAUUCCAUAUAAGCCUGAUAUUGACCUUGAAAAGAUUAAGUUUGAGAGGUUUUCUUUUGAGGAAACGGUCGCCAUACUUCAUGUGAAGAUUGAAAACAAAAAUGAGUUUGAUCUGGGGCUCAAUGCCCUUGAUUAUGAGGUUUGGCUGGCUGAUGUGAGCAUUGGUGGUGCUGAAUUGGAAAAAUCAGCUAAGAUCGACAAAAAUGGUAUCAGUUAUGUUGACAUUCCCAUUACUUUUAGGCCAAAGGACUUUGGCUCUGCUCUUUGGGACAUGAUCAGAGGUAGAGGAACUGGCUACACCAUGAAAGGAAACAUCAACGUGGACACACCUUUUGGGGCGAUGAAGCUACCAAUCAGCAAAGAGGGUGGCACUACUCGCUUAAAGAAGAAUAAGGAAGAUGGGGGUGAUGAUGAUGACGACGAGGAUUGAAGAGUAACCCCGUAAUGGAAGUUUGGAAAUGUCACACUUCAAGUUUCUUACACGGUUUGUUUCGGAGCUGUAGUACACAAACAGAGGCAACUUCAGUUGUAUUACUUAAAUAGCUUCUAGUAGUAUAAUGGACAGGACUUUUCUCAGAAUCUGUCUGUACUCUGUAGUUUGGGGUUUCUUUUGUUUGGUUGGCCUCAGGAUGUCGCAGACAUUUUGUGCAUGCUUUCAUUUUGUCUGAAGCACUGCUUAUUGUAUUUUGAUAUCUGAAACUAUAUGACGAAAUGUUACUACGAUGUUCGUUAUUUGGAAAUGGUUGGUACAUUUUACUGAUCCAAUGUUGACAUGAGAAGGUUGGCUUGUUAGACCUGACAUUGUGUUUUUUUUUGCAUUACAUGGAACCACAGUUGCAACUAUGAAGUUGUUGCUAUUACAGGUUUCAUUCAUUUCGUUGUGUAGUUUGAUUUGGAGUUUAGGUGAGGUUUCAUGUAUUUGUAUGGCAAGGUAAGAACUGAAGGGACUUUGGUUUUGGUCCCAAACUGAAGAAGGCAUGUGAAGUUUGAUGGUUGAUAUUGCUGCUGAUUACAAUUUAGCUUCCUCCCCUUUGCGGUGGGGGGGGUAAUAGACAAUAAAUAGGUAGGGGGUAGCAGACAAUAAAUAGGUUCUACCACAUCCUUUUUAGAAUUGCGUGUCAGAUUUUCAUGCCGGAGUACUGGCACCAUAUUUGUUGUGACCACCAGGGCAUGGCGCCUGCUGCCUUGACCGGGUAUAUUUCACUCCAGUAAGAGACUAGUUGCUAUUUUAGCUUGCAGGUUAUUCAAUGGCAAGAGCUGGUUAGUUGGUAUUUUAGUUUUUUUUUUUUUUUGAGUAAGAGUUGGUAUUUUAGUUUUUUUUUGUGAAAACGGUUCCUGUAUUUUAAUGAGAACCUACAUUUUACUAUAAGUUACUUUGUGAACUUCCUCUACCUCUAGUCUACUUGUUUUAGUAAUAAGACAGUAAUUAAAACUAGUACGUAAGGUCCGCAACAAAGACACUAUUUCUUGAGGGAUUAGCGAACUAUUGAGAUCUUGGGUCAGCAUCUCACAUUCUGUCAAUACUUUGAUUCGGUCUAAUCCAAGCGUCGAAGCUUUCUUCAUUGUCAGGAGACAAGUUAAUGCCUCAGCUUGGAAGGGGGAUAGGGAGUUGAGUAUGACAGCUUUGAUUUGCAUAACCAUGUCAUUAUGAGAUCUUAGUUUUCAUUCUCCUGCUGCACUAUGUGACUGAAGAUCAUAUGAUCCAUCAAUCAAAAUGGAGGAGCAAUCUCUUGAUGGAAGUUGUUGCGCAGAGCUUGGAAGAACAUUCUGUUGUUGAUCCUUUUGCGAAAUCUCUUCUUGUGACAAUAAAAGUCAUGAUGAAUCUGUUGCCAAUGAACAAAAGGAUCUGAAUCUUGAUUCCGCCAGACUUUAUUGUUCCUUCCCAACCAUAUCUACCAACGAAUAAUGAAGUGAAACUCAAUAUCCAAAAGUGUCGGCCCAACUUGCAUCCAAAUCAUGAACCAUUCCAGUAAGGAAGAAGUAGAAUUAUUCAUAACGUUUGCAUAAAUUGGUGGCGCUGAAUUCUAAAUUGCUCUGGAGUGCGGGCAUUCCAAAAACAAAUGCAUAAUCGACUCUUCUUCUAACAGACAUCAAGGACAGGUACUAGACACUGGAAUGCCUCG